CGGUUUAGCUUCUCCCAGAAACGGCGCAGCAGGACGCCUGUCUGAGGGCUCAGCCGCGCCUCAGCCCCUCGCCGGAGAGUUUUACAGCGAAAGACAACAACUUGGAAAGUGUUUGCCUGCGGAGUCGCAGAGAAACCCAACACUGAAAGGGGGAAUAGAAGAAAGGGGAGGGGCGGAGUGAGCUGAUGGACUCGGAGAUGAGAUAGCCUCCUGCCUCUCUAUCUGUCCCCCCCAUCCUUCCUCUUCCUCCCUCCGGGCUCGGACGCGCGGUGCCGCUUUUUUUCCGGAUGAUGUAAAGAUUCUGGGACCGUCUGAGCUCAGAAUAUCAUUGUCGCUUUUUUGUUUUUUUGUUUUGUUUAUCCCCCCACCCUCUGGUUGUCAGCACGAAACCAUCCUCACAUUUCUGCCGGAUUGAGGCUCAGCUGACUUUUUGCGCAGAGUUCAGCCGGAGGAGGCGAUCCUCACCUCGGCGACGAUGAGCGCUGGUGCAGUCAUGUGGCAGGGCAUUCAGAUCUGCUGCGCGCUGUUUGCGCUGCAUUCAGCGGCAGCGCCUGCGCACAUCAACCGUCUGGCGCUGUUCCCUGACAAGAGCGCCUGGUGUGAAGCCAAGAACAUCACGCAGAUUGUCGGGCACACAGGAUGUCAGCCUCGCUCUAUUCAAAACAGAGCCUGCCUGGGCCAGUGCUUCAGCUACAGCGUCCCAAACACGUUCCCACAGUCCACCGAGUCCCUGGCGCACUGUGACUCCUGCAUGCCUGCCCAGACGCAGUGGGAAGUGGUGACUCUGGAGUGCCCCGGCAGCGAGGAUUCUCCGCGGGUGGACAAGCUGGUGGAGAGGAUCCUCCAUUGCAGCUGCCAGUCAUGCAGCAAGGAAAGCGCCCAGGAGGGAACGGUGAUGCAGCUGUACCCAGCUGACAACACCCUGGAUUCAGAUCAGUCUCUAUCCGACCCCCUCAUCGCAGAUCCGUCCCACACUCUGUCCCACUCAGAUACCCUCUCUGACAAAAAAGCCCACUCUCAUGCAGACCACCAUCACACGCUGCCCCACACAUCAGACGGGGGUUAGAACCAUCGCCCUGUUUGUCCACGAUAAUGACUCUGCUCAUCUUUGCUGAUCUCUUCACCCUCCUCCACACUGCUUCUUCUGUAUCAAUCUGUAUUGUUAUGGCACUUUGAAUCCUCCUUUGAAGGCUUACAUCCACAGAGCCGUUUUAUCAGUGUGAGCUCACGUAAACACUACGCACCCUAUUUUUUAUUGAUCCCUGCAGAUGCCCUAUGACUAUAGCCUGUUGAUAUACUGAAGGGCUUUUAUUCUGCUUUGAAUGUAAUAAAUGCAGCGUUUGUGGUCACCGUC